ACAGUGUCACGGGUCACGUGUUCAUUAUGUUUGUAGCACUUGCAGUUUGUCCAUAGAUUAGCAAAAAUGGACCCUAGUUACUAUGCCGAACAAACAUCACCGUAAAUUGGUAUGACCUUUGUCAAAAAUAUUGUCCGAGCGCAGUCGCUACUUUGGUGUUUGUGAGACGAGUAAAUAGCUAGACGGCUCUUCGUCUUCCAAGUAGUGCGAGGUGGUAGCUCGUUCGCCGAAUUUUAAUACCAGACUCAUUCGGUUUUAGCGCUUUAGCAGUGUUAGCCUAACCGGUUAAAACUGUUUUGUUGACCUCAUCAUCAACUACAACAUCCAAGUGAAGUAUCGUCAGAGGCGUCAUUUCUGUGCGUUCGGUUUCGCUCCGGUUCUAAACGAUGUCAUGCCUGGAGUGGCGACGAUUUUGGAGUUAAUCUGUUUGAAUGAGUUUAAAUCGGCAUGAGGAGGUAGAAGAACUCACCGGGGUUGAUUUUGUGUGACAUUUGCUAGUUGGUCUACAUCAAUAGCCGGGAUGCUUCCCAGCCUGGCCCACAGACCGUGGCAGGUCUUCUGCAGAGUCUCCUGGCGGCACAACGCGAGCUUCCCCCAGCCGUACCUCGGUUGGCAAACAGGGGGUAAAUCUAGCUCAUGGUUCAGACCCCUCAACUGUCGCGUUGCCUCGCUCGGAGCGGCCAAGGUCCACUUCUACUCCACUUUAGGAAGCAAAGAUGGACCUCCAACAUCUCCAUCGAAUACAACUGAAAAAGUGAAACCCAACAUAACCAUGACAGGCUCUUUAAUUAAGGGGCUGACAAAAGCAGAGAAGAUUCAAGUAAAAGUCCGGGCCGUCCUGAAGAAGCGUGAAUAUGGCGCCAAGUACACGCAGAAUAACUUCAUCACAGCCGUCCGAGCCAUGAAUGAGUUCUGUCUAAAACCGAGUGACUUGGAGCAUCUUCGCAAGAUCCGAAGACGCAGCCCUCACGAUGACACUGAAGCCUUCACAGUGUUCCUACGCUCGGAUGUGGAGGCAAAAGCCCUGGAUGUGUGGGGAAGCCAAGAAGCUCUGGCAAGGGAGAGAAAUCUCCGGAAGGAAGUGGAAAGAGAGUACCAAGAAAAUAUCUUUCGUAGUCAACAGCUAUUGAAAGAAUACAAAGACUUUUGGGGAAACACAAAGCCUCGAUCAGGCAAAAGGACAACAUUUCUACAAGGCCCAGGCAAAGUAGUCAUGGUCGCUAUUUGCAUAAAUGGUUUAAACUUCUUUUUUAAACUGCUCGCAUGGGUCUACACGGGCUCGGCGAGCAUGUUCUCCGAGGCCAUCCACUCUCUAGCUGACACCUGCAAUCAGGCCCUGCUGGCUCUGGGCAUAAGCCAGUCAGUGCGCAACCCUGACGCCGGGCAUCCGUAUGGCUUUUCCAACAUGCGCUACAUCGCCUCCCUCAUCAGCGGUGUGGGCAUUUUUAUGAUGGGUGCUGGCCUCUCCUGGUACCAUGGAAUUAUGGGACUUCUGCACCCAGAACCUAUUGAGUCUUUACUAUGGGCAUACUGCAUUUUGGCAGGUUCCCUGGUGUCAGAAGGAGCCACACUACUGGUAGCCAUCAAUGAGAUAAAGAGAAGUGCUCAAAACCAUGGACUCUCCUUCUAUGAAUAUGUAAUGCAGAGUCGAGACCCAAGCACCAACGUUGUGCUUCUUGAGGACACCGCUGCUGUGCUCGGUGUUAUUAUGGCCGCUGGCUGCAUGGGACUCACAUCGCUUACAGGCAAUCCCUACUACGACAGUCUGGGCUCAUUGGGAGUGGGAACGCUUCUUGGCACAGUGUCAGCCUUCCUUAUCUACACCAACACAGAGGCACUGUUGGGACGCUCCAUUCAGGCCGAGCGUGUCCAGAAACUCACAGAGUUCUUGGAAAAUGACCCUGCCGUGAGAGCUAUCCACGACGUGAAGGCCACCGACAUGGGACUUAGCAAAGUGCGCUUUAAAGCAGAAGUCGACUUCGAUGGCCGAGUGGUGACCCGCUCUUAUCUGGAAAAGCAAGACAUUGACCAAAUCCUCAAUGAUAUUCAGCAGGUGAAGACGCCAGAAGAUCUGGAGAACUUUAUGCUGAAACAUGGUGAGAACAUCAUUGACACCCUUGGCGCUGAGGUGGACCGCUUGGAGAAGGAACUCAAGCAACGUAACCCAGAGGUCCGCCAUGUAGACUUGGAGAUCUUAUAGUAACACUGGCGUGAUGCUGAAGUACCUUAAAGAUGAAGAAGAGGCAAAAGGACGAGCAUGCCUGCCUCUGCCCGUCCAGCUCUCAUUCCUAACUACAAGCUCUGCCUCCUCACAGGCCUCCAUACGACGACACUUCAACUUUAUUGUGAAAAGUUAACGGUACCAAAUAGGUUUAACAUAAUCAUGUUUUCCUCUCAUUUCAGCACAGGUAUGACUGUUUUUAUAGAAUAUUCCUCUCUAAUAACUUAAACAUGACAUCAUGUUACAAAUCAAACUACCUUAAACAGCCAACCACUUUACUUGAUAUAGAUUAGUACGAUUUAUUGCAAAUCGUGUGUAUAAAAGUGUUUAAGUUUAAAUAAUAAGCUAUGACUAAACUGAACAGAAAAACAAUCAAAGCACAUGACAUCAGUACAUAACGGGUUUUGGUAUUUUUUAAUCUGACAAAGUAAGAAGAGUUCUUUAGCUGUUCUGAAGACGCUAUUUGCCUCUUUGGGCAAAAUAUUAUGCAUUGAGUUUUGCUUUGCCCCUUUUCCGCUUGGUGUGCUGCCAUGUUUUUAUUUUGAAACCCAGCUUUAUCGGGGCCACAGUCAUUUCAUUUGAGUUAGUGAAGAGCGUAGUCCUAUAUUUGACCUAUGUGUGUGGGGAGGCGGGAUGUAUACCGCACUGAUGCAGGAGUUGGAACAAAUUUACAGAAAUAAUUUAUUAAAUUAUUUUGAUUUC